AAGCAGGGAGACAUAAUGAUUGGUGGUAUUUUCCCAGUUUUCAACAAAGACAUAAGCAGCACUUCUACAUUUGAGAGGGACCCACCUGGAGUGAAGUGCGCAGGAUUUGACCUUCGAGCAUUUCGAUGGACCCAAGUGAUGAUAUUUGCAAUUGAAGAAAUCAACAAAGAUCCUGCUCUCCUGCCAAACAUAUCGCUUGGCUAUAGGAUUCUUAACUCUUGUUCAUCUCCCACAAAUACUUUACGUGCUGCACUAACUCUGUCUAGUAGACCAGAAGAGACAGAGUCAAGUUCCCCUUGUCCUCCAGUAAUAUCUGCCCUCAUAGCUGAGGCCGGAUCAUCUCAAUCUUUAGCUUUGGCUGGAACCCUUGGACCAUUUCAAAUGCCAGUUGUAAGUUACUUCUCAACAUGUGCCUGUCUGAGUAACAGAGCUAAAUAUCCUACUUUUUUUCGAACAAUCCCCAGCGACUAUUUCCAGGCAAAAGCUCUGGCUGCACUGGUCAAACGUUUUGAGUGGCAGUGGAUUGGAGCCAUACAGUCAGACAAUGACUACGGGCGGAAUGGGAUCCUGGCUUUUACCGAAGAGGUUAAAAAGCUUGGGGUUUGUGUUGCAUUUGUUGGGACAAUUGGACGGACAUACACUAUGGAUAAAAUUCUGAAUGUUGUGGAACUGAUUAAGCAGUCAACUGUCAAAGUCAUUCUUGCUUUUGUUCCUGAGAGUGACUUUUAUCUUUUGAUGAAAGAGGUUGUGAAACAGAACAUUACAGGAAUUCAGUGGAUUGGCAGUGAGGCCUGGAUAACAGCUCCUCAAGCCUCCACUCCAGAAAUAUACCAAGCUUUUGGAGGAGCCCUUGGAUUUGUGGUGAAGGAGAUGGCUAUUCCAAACCUAAAACCAUUCCUUACUGGCAUAAGCCCUUAUACUGAUCCACAUGCAGCAUUUGUGAGGGAUUUCUGGGAGAUUAUAGUGGGCUGUAGACCUGCUUUGUCAGGGGAGCACACAGGUACUGAGGCAAAUGAAAUAUGCACAGGCAAUGAGACAUUAAUGAAUUCCCAAGAUGUGUUCUUCAAUGUCACACAGCUCAGAGUUUCUUAUAAUGUGUAUAAAGCAGUUUAUGCAAUUGCACAUGCUCUUCACCAACUUGUAUUUUGCCAACCAGUUGGAGAAAAAACAGUGAGGCCAUGUUUGAACAUAUCAGAAAUUCAGCCCAAAAAGGUCACUGAUCACCUACAAAGAGUGAAUUUUAGGGAUCAGUUUGGGGAUAAGGUGUUCUUUGAUGAAAACGGCGACCCUCCUGCUUCUUAUGAUGUUAUUAACUGGCAGCUGAGAGAUGGGCAGGUGCAACAUGUGACUUUGGGUCAUUUUUCCUCUGCUGCUAACGGUGAUUAUGAGCUCAGCAUCCAGGAGGAAGAGAUAGUGUGGAGAACUGGAAAAAUGGUUCCGACAUCAGUGUGCUCUAAUGUUUGUCCAAUGGGAACCAGGAAAGCUGAAAUUAAGGGAAGACCCACCUGCUGUUUUGACUGCAUCCCGUGUGCUGACGGAACUAUAGCCAAUUCAACAGGUGCAGCAGACUGCACACCCUGUCCACAGGAAUACUGGUCUAAUGACAGGAAAGACAAGUGCAUUCCUAAAACUAUUGAGUUCCUGACAUAUUAUGAACCGAUGGGAAGAGCUCUCACAGUUGUGUCCCUGCUAGGAGUCACUCUGUCGCUGGCCACAAUGACCAUCUUUAUCCACUCCAGAGACACCCCUGUGAUAAAGGCCAGCAACUCUGAGCUGAGCUGUUUUUUGCUGUUUUCUCUUUCUUUGUGUUUUCUCUGUCCCCUCACUUUCAUCGGCAGACCCACGGUCUGGACUUGCAUGCUGCGCCACACAGCUUUUGGAGUGACAUUUGCACUCUGUAUUUCCUGUGUCUUGGGAAAGACUAUUGUUGUGGUUACAGCUUUCAAAGCCACGUUUCCUGGCAGCAAAGUUGCAGGAAAGUUUGGUCCUGCACAGCAACGGAUCAUAGUUUGCUCAUGCACUUUAAUUCAGAUAGUAAUAUGUGUGUUGUGGCUAAAGUUAAAUCCACCUUUCCCAGACAUGGUUUUCAGAUACAGCAAUAAGAAGAUUGUUUUAGAGUGCAACACUGGCUCUGAGGCUGCUUUCUAUGCAGUGCUGGGGUACAUAGGGCUUCUUGCAAUAAUAUGUUUGGUCCUGGCAUUUCUAGCAAGAAAGUUGCCUGAUAACUUUAAUGAAGCCAAAUUUAUCACCUUUAGCAUGCUGAUAUUCUGUGCUGUCUGGAUCACCUUUAUCCCAGCAUAUGUCAGCUCUCCUGGAAAGUUCACUGUCGCUGUGGAGAUAUUUGCAAUUUUGUCCUCAGCAUAUGGUUUAUUAAUUUGCAUUUUUGCACCUAAAUGUUACAUAAUAUUGAUAAAGCCAGAGAGAAAUACCAAGAAGCAUAUUAUGGGAAAAAAUCAGAACAAAUGA